ACUCUGGCGCAGAACAAACUUCUGUUCUCCAAAUGGAUGAUGAAGGGACCCUUGAGUGGCACCGGUGCUUAAAAGGCCUUGUGUUCCCACAGAGGCUCUGGUCGUCCAUGACACACCUGUGUAUCAUCCGAACAAUUUCUGUCCUAUAACUGGUCGACAAUUGUAUCUUUCAUCAGCAGGUUCCUUCCAGUCACGAUGAGUGGCAAAGAUAAUGACCCCGAGGCACCGACCUCGACAUAUCACCAUCUGGAAUCUCCCAUCUCCACACAAAAGCAAGAUGCAAAGGUGGCUCAAGACUGGACUCGCGAUGUAGCCGAGAGCAAGAGUGCCACUACAUCCACGAGGCUGAAGAAUCCACUCGCUAGCCUGACGCGGGAUGAGCUCUUCAGAGACGUUGAGUUAUUUGCGCGUGAGAAGGACUUGGAGCACAUAGUGGAUGAGCUAAAAAGAGGUGCUCUUGUAGCUCAAGAUCCAAAGUCGUUUGAAGAGCUCCAAGAAUUGUCUGAGAGUGAGAAGGAGUUCCUCCGUCGCGAAAAGACCCAUCGAUGGAGCCAGCCGUUCAUGAUGUACUUUAUGACCAUUCUCUGCGCUGGGUCGGCAAUUGUCCAGGGUAUGGACCAGACAGCGGUCAAUGGUGCGCAGGAAUUCUACUUUGCAGAGUUCAACCUCACCAACACAUGGCAGCAAGGACUCCUAAAUGGCGCCCCAUACCUAUGCUCAGCACUCAUAGGAUGCUGGACAACCGCGCCAUUAAAUCGCUGGUUUGGCCGUCGUGGGUGCAUCUUCAUCUCCUGCUUCAUCUCGUUUGCAUCGUCCUUCUGGAUGGCGGUGGCACACACUUGGUGGAAUCUCCUUCUAGCCCGGUUCCUCCUUGGUUUCGCGGUAGGUGCCAAAUCAACCACGACCCCAGUCUACGGAGCUGAGUGUGCACCUGCCACCAUCCGCGGGGCGUUGGUCAUGAUGUGGCAGAUGUGGACGGCGUUUGGAAUCAUGCUUGGUUAUAUUGCCUCGGUCGCAUUUAUGGAUGUAACACAUCCCACCAUCCCAGGCUUCAACUGGAGAUUGAUGCUAGGGUCUACUGCCAUUCCUCCGUUCUUUGUCUGCAUGCAGGUGUACUUCUGUCCCGAGUCGCCCAGGUGGUACAUGGUCCGGAAUCGCUACCAAGACGCAUACGACGCACUCUGUAAGCUGCGGCCAUCCACCUUUCAGGCUGCUCGGGAUCUGUACUACAUCCAUGCAGCCCUGAAGGUGGAGGAAAGGCUUCGCGAAGGCAAGCAGCUCUGGCGUGAGAUGUUCACUGUCCCUCGUAAUCGACGCGCGACGCAGUCAUCAUUCUUCGUCAUGUUCAUGCAGCAAUUCUGCGGAGUGAACGCCCUCAUGUACUACAGCUCCGCCAUUUUUCGAGAUGCGGGAUUUGAUCGACGGAUGGCCCUGGUCACCUCUCUGGGAUGCGGCAUCACCAAUUGGAUCUUUGCCCUUCCAGCCGUGUACACAAUCGAUACCUUCGGUCGGCGUAAUCUCCUGCUGACCACAUUCCCACUUAUGAGUCUGUUCUUGCUUUUCACCGGGUUCUCAUUCUAUAUCCCUGAUGACACCUCGCGGACGGCGUGCGUGGCAACGGGUAUAUAUCUCUUCAUGGUGGUGUAUUCCCCGGGGGAGGGACCGGUACCGUUCACGUACUCUGCGGAGGCAUUUCCGUUAUACAUCCGCGACGUGGGCAUGUCCUUUGCGACUGCAACGACCUGGGGCUUCAACUUCAUUGUCUCGCUGACGUGGCUGCCACUGCGGGACGCGUUCAGCCCACAGGGAGCAUUUGGCUGGUAUGCAGCCUGGAAUAUCUUUGGCUGGAUCUUUUGCUAUUUCUGUUUGCCUGAGACAAAGGCGCUGUCACUGGAAGAGUUGGAUCAGGUUUUCUCGAUACCCACGACCAAACACAUCAAUCACUAUGCGAGUAUGUUGCCGUGGUACGUCAAGAAGUAUAUCCUCCGCGGAGAUGUGCCACCUCAGAAACAGCUUUAUGAUUAUGAGUAGUCAAAGAGGAGUGAAGAGAGUGAGGACAAGUGGAUGAGAGAAUGAGAGGGGAAGAUGGCGAGGGACAAAGGAUGGUGCUAGGCCAGUUUGGGAACGCGGGGAUGCCUGGCUAGGCACACCCCGGUUUACCUAAAUUCAUGCUACUGAGAUUCUGUGUCGUUCAUUUGAUUUCAUUUCCAUUCUUUUCACUGUCCAAUGCAUG